AUGCUGGAGGACCAGAUGAAGAUAGAAAAGAGUUUGUCGGAUGACAACCAAGAACUGGCUAUCAAGCGAUGGCCAGAAAAUCUCCAGGUAGGCAACACGACGAAGCUCUUUGCCGGCCAACAAAGCCCACGGUCCACCCACAGGGCGGGCGGCUGGUUGCCGCAGCUCGAGUUUGCCAGCUCAGCUGUGAUGCUUGACCGUCAAAAGUCCGAGAGAGGGGGGGGGCAAGCCCGGAGCUACAGCCGUGCGCAUGGUAAAACCCGGCCAAGCGGCGACGAGAAUCCACUCUGGAUGCAGAGUUUGGGGGGGUUACCGGUGGCAGUGGGGGCGCUUCAAGGAGGGCUGCUGUUCUUGUUGACUGUCGAGGAGCAGGUACACGAUACCUACAGCAUACUACCGGACGCUGAUGCUGCCCCCCUUUACGAGUCUACAGGCGCGAGGUACAAAGUUCCACAAGGCCAAGCUGCCAGGCUCUGGUGGACUUGCAUGGUCGACGUGAGCAGCUCCCUAUCCCCAUGCUUGCGGUCUUCGAACGGCACAUUGACGGGAAAUUUCUUAUUAAUACAAGCAGGCUUCAUUUCCGAAAGCGGAAAUACGGAAUUAGACGAGCCAGUUUCUCAUCAAGGUGUCGUGGUUUCUGGCUCAUCAGCUCACCAACAGCUGCUAGAAGCCCAACUGCAGUUCACUGUCCAUCCAGCUGAUGGGCCUCUUCCCGUGCGUGUUCGACAACGCCAUGCGGUGGCAGGCGGUAACACGAUGUGUGUUAAGGAGGCUGUACUCCCCGCUUGCACUGGAUGGCGCCAGAAAGGGCAAUUCUCCCAGGUUCAACGGAGGAACGGCGUGCAAUCAGUGGCGCUGCGACUUGUCAGAGCCGUGGGGCACCUACUCCCCAGACAUUUGGCCUUUGUUCUUUGGCGACCAUUCGAAAGACGAAAGCCUCAAUGCCUGGGUGUCAUGACUGAGAAGCGGUCGAAGCAACUUCGUCCACCACCGCCAGCACCAAGAUCAUGUCGCGGUUCAGGCACCCAUCCAAUUGCUACGGCGAUCCACAGCUCUCCCUUUUGCUCGGGUGCAAAGUACGAGUACAGUACAAGUACUCGUACACGGAACGCAGCCUCAAUCACCGCCUCUGCUGCUUCUCGCCGGCCCGCCUAUGCCACUUGGGUACAUACCUCGGGAAGGACACCGACUGCAACGCAUCAUUGCCGAUGUUUCAUACGGGACGUGACCGCGCUUGGGGCCAAGGACGCAAACCGCUACUAG